CUCCAACCGAUUAGCAAGAGAGGAUUCGCUGAUAUGGCUAAAUUAAGCGAUUUUACAGUAAUCGAAAAAUUGGGCCAGGGUACUUUCGGUGUGGUUCAAAAGGCAAAGAGUAAAAGAACAGGACAAACAGUAGCAAUAAAACAGUUGAUCAACCAUUCGGCCAAAGAGGGGUUCCCUAUAACAGCCAUGAGAGAAAUCACUAUAUUAAGACAGUUGAACCACAUUAACAUAUUGACUAUUGUAGAAAUGAUCCAUGAAGAACCCAAGGUAAAAAACCCUGCAGAUUUGGUGACACUGCGAGGUUGUUUCUAUACGGUUUCACCUUAUAUGUCUAGUGAUUUGGUCGGACUCUUGGAGAAUCCCAAUGUGAGUCUAGAGCUUCUGCACAUCAAGUGUUUGAUGAGACAGUUGUUGAAAGGAAUUCAGUACAUACAUGAGCUGAAGUUUUUACACAGAGAUGUCAAAGCUGCAAAUAUCUUGAUAAAUUCAAGAGGGGUAUUGAAAAUAGCUGAUUUUGGGCUUGCUAGAGUUUACCAUGGGAAAGUACCUAAACUUGGUACAGGUCCUGGAGGUGGUGAGAGAGCAUAUACUGGUUUAGUAGUCACGAGAUGGUAUCGUCCUCCUGAGCUAUUGUUAGGCGAAAGGAAGUAUACUACAGCUGUAGAUUUAUGGGGUAUUGGAUGUGUAUUUGCAGAGCUAUUCACACACAAACCCAUAUUAGUGGGAAAGUCAGAUGCUCACCAGGCUCAGCUAGUGUUUGGCUUGGUAGGCUCACCAAUAAACUGGACACAUGCCUCUUCAUUGCCCAACAAAACGGACUUGAAUAUCGGGCUAAGUUGUGUGAGAAGUUUAGAGCAACGUUUCCACAGCUUGAUGCCUCCUGAUGGCGUCACUCUUUUGAGUGGGUUGCUAGCUUUAGACCCGUAUAAGAGAUACAAUGCACUCGAUGCAUUGAACCAUGAAUUCUUUAAGAAUGACCCAUUGCCCUUGAGACCUGAAGAUCUUCCU